ACAUUCUGUGGCUUCCGGAGGGAACAAGCCUCCAGAGGAGUACAGUUAUUCCAUUUUUCUUGCGACCCAGGUAUCACUACUGAGGCUGCAAUGGCGUGGUGGAAGGCCUGGAGUGAAGAAGAGGGCAAGUCUGUGGCAGGGGCUUUACGUUUUGAUGCUGCACCUGAUGCCCAGACUCUGUACAAGGCCAUGAAAGGGCUUGGGACUGAUGAACAAGCUAUAAUUGAUGUCCUAACCAAGAGGAGCAAUAUACAGCGUCAAGAGAUUGCCAAAUCCUUCAAAGCACAGUUUGGAAAGGAUCUGAUUGAAAGUCUGAAGUCUGAACUGAGUGGCAACUUUGAGAGGCUCAUGGUAGCUCUCAUGUACCCCCCAUUCAAGUAUGAUGCCAAGGAGCUGUAUGAUGCCAUGAAGGGUGUGGGAACCAGUGAAGGUGUUAUCAUAGAGAUCUUGGCAUCUCGGACUAAAGCACAGAUCAAAGAGAUAAUCAAGGCUUACAAAGAAGAAUAUGGUUCUGAUCUGGAAGAAGAUAUAAAAUCGGAAACAAGUGGCUACUUAGAACAGAUUCUGGUUUGCCUUCUUCAGGGUGAGAGAGACAAUGCCACUCUCUAUGUGGACACAGCCCUGGCUCUCCAGGAUGCAGAGACUCUCUAUGCUGCUGGAGAGAAGAUACGGGGCACUGAUGAGAUACAGUUCAUCACCAUCUUGUGCAAAAGGAGUGCCACACACUUACUGAAAGUGUUUGAAGAAUACCAGAAACUGGCUGGUAAGAGCAUAGAAGACUCUAUCAAGAGUGAAACUCAUGGUUCACUUGAGGAUGCCAUGCUGGCUAUUGUGAAAUGCACCAGGAACAUCCGUUGCUACUUUGCAGAGAGGCUGUACCAUGCUUUAAAGGGGGCUGGCACAGAUGAUGGAACUCUUAUAAGGGUGAUUGUUUCUCGAAGUGAAGUUGACCUGAAUCUUAUAAAGCCUGAAUUCCAGCGUAUUGCAGGAAAGUCUCUCUCCAGUAUGAUUUUGGAUGAUACCAGUGGUGAUUACAAGACAGCCUUGAUGAAUCUCUGUGGCAGUGACUGA